CCGUCUCCACCAACUGCUCCCUCUCUCACUCCUGAAAACCCUCUCUUUCGUCUCCUCCCGGCGAGGCCGGCGACGAUGCCAGCAACCAUGGCCGGCAUCAUGCGGGCCAUCCUGGCCUGCGUCCCCGCCGCGCCAUCCUCCACCGGCGACGGCUCCCUCUCCGCCGCCUUCUCCUCCACCUGCCCCGGCGGCGGCGGCGAGGAUCGCAUCAGCCGCCUCCCGGACGCGCUGCUCGCCGACAUCGUCUCCCGCCUCCCCGUCAAGGAAGCCGCGCGCACUGCAGCGAUCUCCCCGCGCUGGCGCCGCCUACGGCCAUCGACGCCUCUUGUCCUCGACGACACCGACAUCUUCGAUGACUUCGCCGAAGCCGACGACGACGACGACGACGGCGACACCUUUGGCCUCAUCGACUGGCGCGCCCUCACCAAUACCCUCUCCCGCAUCCUCUCCGGCCACCCGGGACCCUUCCGCUGCGUUCACCUCACCACGGCUUGCAACUACGCGUCCGCUCGCGGCGGCAGUGCGCUCGUCCGCUGGCUCCACCUCUUCGCCGCCAAGUCUAUCCAGGAGCUCGUCCUCAUCAACUUCCCCAACUGGCCCUUCAAGAACACCCUCCCUGCGGAGGUCCUCCGCGUCGCCUCCCUCCGCCGCCUGUACCUCGGCCUCUGGGACAAGUUCCCGGACACAAAUGACCUUCCGAGCGGCGCCCACGUCUUCCCGCACCUUGCCGAGCUCGGCUUCUGCAAAACCGACAUCAAGACCAAGGACCUCGACCGCCUUCUUCAGUGCAGCCCCGUCCUGGAGAAGCUCGCGCUCAUCCUCUGCUACGACACGCCGCGCAACGUCCGCGUCCGCAGCCGCAGCCUCCGCUGUGUGCUCUUCUGGAUGUCCCUCGCGGACGCGCUAGCCGUGGUCGUCGCCCCGUGUCUCGAGCGCCUCAUCCUGUGGAACGACUGCCCUGGUGCCUGGCUCGGCAAGGACUUUCGCACCAGAGUCAAGAUUGGCUACGCGCCGGAGCUCAAGGUGCUCGGCUACUUGGAGCCAAGCUUUCAUGUGCUCGAGAUCGGCAACACCGUCAUCGAGUUUGGCACAAGGCCCAGCCCCACGACCACCAUUCCAAGUCUCAAGAUCCUGGCGUUAAGGGUGCGAUUUGGAGUGCGCAAAGAGGCUAAGGUGCUGCCUACCUUCCUCAGAUGCUUCCCCAAUGUCGAAACAUUGCAUGUCAUGUCUGCUGAAGCUGAUGAGCCCACUGGCAAGCUGAAUUUCAAGUUCUGGCAUGAUGUCGGACCCAUCGAAUGCCUGCAGUCACACACCAAGAAGGUGGUGUUCAAGAACUUCCGAGGGAACCGGAGCGAGGUCGUGUUCCUCAGGUUCGUCGUGGAGAGAGCACAGCUUCUGCAAAAAAUGGUGGUCGUGUUGGCAGAUGGAGACCCUGCUUCAGAGGAGAGGGUGGCGGCCAAGCUGAAAACUUUGGCUUGCAGCACCAAGCGUGCCAGCAGAGACUCGAAAUUCUCAAUCUUGGUGCGCAGCAGUGGGGGCAGUGAUUGGAGCUUCCGCGCAGCGUCCAAUCUCUCCAAGAGUGACCCAUUUGAUAGCUGAAGCUGAUCAAGGUGCUAUCUGUAGCUGAUAUGUUUCGAUCGUGAUACAUCAUUGCCAUUUCUUUUGCUAAGCUAGCAACAUACUUUGCUUGUUUGAGUAUCGCCUAUCCGCUGGCAAGAGCGCUUAUUUAGACUAUGAAUUCUUGGCUUAUGUUUUGUCUUGAUGGUAGUAGAGUUUUCUGGUCCAGCAGCUAGAUGGUCAGUAGUCCAUGCAAUGUCUGGUCCUGCUGAAUUGUACCCAACUGGCUAAAUUGCAGACAUUUGUGUGUUUCAUGUGA